UAUAUAGGUUGGUGUCUUAACUUCAUACUCUUUUCUGGAUUACUUUCCAAUUUUUAAGGUCACUUUGCUUCCGGUAGUGGUCUUAGAUGCAUCUUGAAUAAAUAUGUUGCAGCAGUAUGGCAUACAGUUAUACUAUGCAGCUGAUAAGGGAAUAAGAUAAAAAUAAGGAAAAAACAGUGAAAGAAAGAGAUUACUUUCUCCUUUAACUACUUUAAAACUAGAAAAGAGGUUUAUUUCUUGCUUUGUUCUCAGCAAUAUGUCUUGUAUUACUUUAGAAUGCGCCAGGAAGCUGAAUUAGCAGGAGCUACUUUAUGUGAGUAGGAUGUGCAGAAACACACUCAACUUAACCUUCAAUGCGGAUUGAGGGAAAAAAAAAUACUUUAAUGCAGUCCUUCAUAUUGUAUCCUGAACUUUGAAGAGGCAAAUCUUGUUACCGCUGUACUUUUAGCGCUAGUUUUGUUGCACCACCUGCUAAACAUUCAUUAUGCUGGAGUAUGUUAGAGCUUUAAGGAAACAUAAGCACGCACAGAAAUCCUAAAUUUUUCGGCAACUUAAAAUGCAGAUCCUGAUAGGCCUAAAAAUGACAAGGCAUCCAUUCUCAGUGAUACCAUUCAAGUGCUGAAGGAUUUGACUGCUCAAGUCGGCAAACUAAAAUCUGAGUAUGCUGCACUUACUGACGAAAGUCGGGAGGUGAUAUCUUGACACUUCCUAAAACCAUAUAGUUUAUUCACUUAUGUUCCUUUUGGUGUAAUUUUCAUGCCUAAUUUUGUUUUAGAGCAGUUGACUCAGGAGAAGACUGAUCUCCGAGAAGAGAAGGCAUCUCUUAAAUCUGAUAUUGAGAGCCUUAAUGCCCAAUAUCAACAAAGACUGAGGUCCAUGUAUCCAUGGGCAGGGAUGGAUCCUUCCAUGGUCAUGCAUCCACCUUCAUAUUCAUAUCCAAUGCGUGUACCGAUACCAACUGGAGCGAUUCCAAUGCAUCCAUCUCUGCAGCCAUACCCUUUUUUUGGGAAUCAGAAUCCUGCAGGUGCCCCAAAUCCAUGUUCACCUUUUGUUCAAUACAUGGCUCCCAGCACACUGAUGGAACAGCAACCGGCACAGCAGAUUUCCCCUGUCAUGCAGCCAAGUAAUAGGACCCAUGGUUCUGGCAGACAAGAGUCUGAUCAAGGAGAGAGCAGGAUCGAGAAAAAUGAAGAUUCCAAUGAAGUUGCGACAAAUUUAGAGCUUAAGACACCUGGACCUGCAUCUGAGCAGGAGCUUUCAUCUGGACGAAGGAUCUGCAGAAAGCUAUCAAGUAAGGAUAACAGCCUCACUGAUGGAAGUUCGUCAAGUAGAUGUUCGUCAUCCCGUAGUGUACAGGCUAUUUCUUCAAAUAGUGUAGUUAGGGGAAAAAAGACAGAGUGAUUGACAAAUGGAAGAGAGCAGGGACCUGGUUUUUCCAUGGUUAUUUCUAAACCUUAAGUGAUCAAUAUCAGGUCGUACCAUUUGUUGUAUAUAAACUUUCUAGAUUCAGGAAGCUGUUGCAGGUGUAAAAUGUGUCCGACUUAGAAUUUUUCUCCAGAUAGCUGGCAUUCCCCUAAUAAUGAUAUUUAAAAAGAGUGUUCAGCUUUCUUGUAUCUUUAAUGUAAACAGUUCAGGCUAUCUAAUUUUUUCAUGAUUGUUAUUC